AUGUCCCCCCUGUUUGGCCUACGGGAAACUACAUGCAAGUCGUUUUUUUUGUACGAAACUGUCAUAGUCAAGAUCUUCAAGCAGCCACCCCUCAUCCGAGCCCCUCAUCCGCGACAUUAUGGUUCCCUCUCCGGAUGCGAACUGCUCAUCCGGGACAUUGCGGCUCCCCCUCCGGAUGCGAACUUUGGCGAACAAACCGUUCAACGUACGUGCCGGCUCUGCAAAUAGAACCGGAGUAUUUAGUUUCUCUUCGUUACCUCUCUCUCUCUCUCUCUCUCUCUUUCUUCUUUCUUCAGUUGUAAUAUUCGAUCCAUAGUGUUCCCACACCUUGACCCAAAUCAUCCUUCAGCAUUCCAUCUUUGCACUUCGCUUCCCAAUCUUCAUCUCCCACGCACGCGCACUCAAAGUGCUAUCGACGUUGAAUCCUGUGCGGUACAACGUUGGGUAGAUCUUCCCUCCUUCUUCGUUCUAUCCUCUCAUUGUUAUUUCCCUCGUUUGGGUCUUGACUCUGACAGGAACCCAUCGCUAAUUUGCAAGACGAGAAACCCUCCUACGGAACUAAAGGAGACGCUACCCAGUAUGCACGAUGA